AUGCCUCAACCUCUCGUCUCCCACAUCUACACAGCAGACCCCUCAGCCCACGUCUUCAACAACAAACUAUACAUCUACCCAUCCCACGACCGGGAAACAACCAUCCCCUUCAACGACAAUGGGGACCAAUACGACAUGGCAGACUACCACGUCCUCUCAAUGGAAACACCAGGAGGCCCCGUAACAGACCAUGGCAUCGCACUCCGCGACAGCGACAUCCCCUGGGUCUCCAAACAGCUAUGGGCACCAGACGCUGCGACCAAGAACGGGAAAUUCUAUCUCUUUUUCCCAGCCCGGGAUAAAGAGAAUAUUUUCCGGAUUGGUGUAGCAGUAUCUGAUCAACCAGAAGGUCCCUUCAUUCCGGAAGAGAAUUUCCUUGCUGGAUCGUACAGUAUCGACCCGGCUGUUUUUGUUGAUGAUGUCGGAAAUCAGGCAUACCUGUACACAGGUGGGAUUUGGGGUGGUCAGUUACAAUGCUGGGUUGAGGGGAAUGGAAGAGCUGAAAUGGACAUGGACGGGAAUGAAAGACGACUUACUUUUGACGAAUCGCUUUCUGGACCCCAUGAGCCAGCAGGGGAGGGUGUGCGAGCUCUAGGACCUCGUGUGGCACUUCUGUCUGAAGAUAUGUUAAGUCUUGCAUCGCCAGUGCAGGAGAUCAAAAUACUGGCGCCGGAAACUGGGGAGCCAUUGUUGGCUGAUGAUCAUGAGAGGAGAUUCUUUGAAGCUGCCUGGAUGCACAAGUAUCGAGACAGGUACUAUUUCUCGUAUUCGACGGGGGAUACCCAUUUCCUGGCUUAUGCUACUGGGUCUUCGCCUUUGGGUCCGUUUAUGUAUCGAGGGAGGAUUUUGGAUCCGGUGCUUGGGUGGACGACACAUCAUUCUAUUGCUGAGUUUGCGGGGAGGUGGUGGUUGUUUUAUCAUGAUUGUGAAUUGUCCAAGGGGGUGGAUCAUUUGAGGUCGGUGAAGAUGAGGGAGAUUUGGUAUGAUGAGGAGGGGGAUAUUCAUUUGAAGGAUUGA